CAGGAACUAAGACUCCGCCGAGUCGGAAGUGGACCGGCUGUGAGGAUGGGGGAGUCCCGGCGACGGGAAUAUGAAGUCCGGGGCUGAGCGUAAACGGAAAACUGAUGAUUGCGCUGGCCGGUGGCGGUAGACGGAGCGAGGGGCAGAGGUGACCAUCACGUUUUGCUAAAUCACCAUGGGUUUAAGGCUACUGUCCAGAGUCUUUCAUCUGCCGACGGCUGUGUUAUACGGCUCGCUGUCUUUUUUUAUUUCCGUCCUGCACAAUGUUUUUCUCCUGUACUACGUGGAUACCUUUGUCUCGGUUUACAAAAUAGAUAAAUUGUCCUUCUGGAUUGGAGAGUCCAUUUUCCUGAUAUGGAACAGCCUGAAUGAUCCUCUGUUUGGGUGGAUAAGCGACCGUGUCUUCCUGGACACAAAAUUGUCCAGUGUAGACAUCUCCACACCGGAAGUGGUCCUGAAGAGGCUCAAAGCAUUGAGUCGAAAUGGCCCGUUGUUUGCACUCUCCUUCCUGGCGUUUUGGGUCGCCUGGGCUCACCCUGGUUUACAGUUCCUCGUCUGCCUGUGUCUUUAUGACAGCUUCCUCACCAUGGUGGAUCUCAAUCACAACGCAUUGCUAGCGGACCUCGCUGUGUCUGCGGAGGAGAGAACGAGACUGAACUUCCACUGCUCGCUUUUUAGUGCCGUUGGGUCGCUCUCUGUUUUCGCAUCGUAUGCCGUAUGGAACAAGGAAGACUUUUUCUCCUUUCGGAUAUUCUGUGUGCUUUUAGCAGCGCUUUCUGCUGUUGGCUUCACGGUAUCUACCUGGCUCCUUCGACAACGGUUUGAGGCUGGAAUGAAAAUGAAUUUGGAGCAGGAAUCCAUCCUGAAAGAACUUUACGUCGAUAAGCUGUGUGCGCCUCCGGAGAAGAGGAUCACGCUCAUGGAAUACCUCCGACAGCUGUCCAGACAUCACAACCUCCUCUGGUUCGUAAGCAUGAACCUGGUUCAGGUUUUUCAUUGCCAUUUUAAUAGUAAUUUCUUCCCCCUCUUCUUGGAGCACUUGCUGUCCGACAGAAUCUCUCUGUCUACUGGAUCCUUUCUCCUUGGUAUUUCUUACAUCGCUCCGCAUUUAAACAACAUGUAUUUCCUGUCUCUGUGCCAAAAGUACGGUGUUUACCAUGUUGUACGGUGGCUGUUCCUGCUGAAGUUGGUGCUCAGCGUGGUGAUGCUUCUAGCUGGACCGGACCAGAUAUAUCUCCUCUGCAUAUUUAUAGCCAGCAAUCGUGUUUUCACGGAGGGCACGUGUAAGCUACUGAACCUGGUCAUCACCGAUUUAGUGGAUGAGGAUUUGGUGCUAAACCGCAGGAAGCAAGCGGCCUCGGCUCUCAUGUUUGGAAUGGUGGCCCUGGUAACCAAGCCGGGCCAGACCUUUGCCCCUCUCAUCGGAACCUGGUUGCUGUGCGUUUACACAGGAUACGACAUCUUCCAAAGGGAUGCCAUGAAUCACAUCAGCACCGAGCCAAACCUGGAUUCUGGCAAGAUGUUUACUGCCACCCUGCGGCAAGGAUGUUUCUACCUCCUCGUAUUCAUCCCGAUAACGUGCGCCGUUCUCCAGCUCUUCACCUGGUCUCAUUUUACGCUACGAGGAAAGCGUCUGCUGGCCGUCAAGUCUUAUCGUCAGGCUCUACCUCAAAGCGCGCCUUCCCAAGAUGUUAAAACGAUAUGAAAGGCACCUUCUGAUUUCUAUUUUAGUGGCCUAUUUUUAUACUUUGUACUAUAAAGAGGUUUAAAGAAUUGUCUGUACAAAAACCUUUUCGACUUUUUGUAAUAUGAAAAAAAUGUUAAGUCCCGUGAUCCAAGAGGUCCGCGCCGAUAGAGCAAAGUGUCAAGGAGAGUGUCGCUGAAACUUAAGGACAAUGAAGCGGCCGAUAAAAAUCAUGUGAUUUUGUCUCAUCGACCAUAUUGGUUUUUAAGUGCAUCGUGUAUAGGACCGUCAUUUUUAACUCAUUUUAUGUUUUCAUUUUAUUUUAACUUUUUUUACAGGCAGGCAUCCCUAGAGAUAAUAUAGGGCAGCACAAACAUUGUAGGUACCAGCAGUGAAAACCUACAAACAUUGCCUACCUGUUUUUUUCUCGUCGUUUCUGCCAGUUCUGCGGUCUUUUGAGAUCCAAUGACUUCCGAUCUCAAUCCAGUGAGGUUGAAGUCCACAAACGGUUGUUUCCAAUCUGAGGGUAAAUCAGGUCAAGGUUUUGUAAACUUUGUAUUUACAAGUUGCAGACAGGCCAGGGGUUGGUAAAGUCAGUGUUAAAAUUGCUCUGUCAUCUGCUGAAGGGGUUAAAGCCCUUGUUUCAUGCUUCUGAAUGUCUGGCUUACCUUGGAGUGUUUUUUUAAGAGGUAAAAGUGUUUAGGUGAUACAAGGUUUACAGUCCUGCUGUGACCCGAGACUGCUGCACAAUGUAUACAAUGCUAGAAGAAAAGUCAGAUUUUGCCCAAAUCUGGGUGGUUCUUCUGUACUGACGGUGUAUUCUGGUUGCGCAUGUGCACGGGCAGGUCAACCAGGUCAAAUUCCACCUCAAAAUUGCAGCAACUCGUUUUAUAGGAAUCGGCCUCUGUAAUCCUCAUCACUGGGGAAAAAAAUCAGCCUCCAUAUACCUCAUUUCACAUAAAGAUUUUAUUCUGGUGGACCAAAUGUAUUACUGCCAUUUCCUAUCUGCAUCGUAUCAAUAAAUAUAUAUUUUCUUCUGUUUUUGUUUAGAGAAA